AUGUGACACAAAAUUAGACAAAAAUGAAAAAAUACGUAUCAGGUCUACAUGUUUGUCUAAUCAGGUUUCUGGAACCAGAUGAUAACUUUCCUAAAGUGUGGCGAUAAUGUGACCGAUUCCAGUUUUAAUUUAAUAGGCUAUUUCAGGAAAUACUGUCAAUAUUUUUGUUUAUUUUACCGAUAUGAUAAAUAAUUAUUAAUAUGUUGGUCAGGAACAGUAGUUACAAGACACGUAAUUGAUUCUUGAAUGAGGUCAAAUGUGUCCAGUACUGUAAUGUAUGGAAUGGAAGUUACAGGUGAUAACGUGUCAAGUGUGGACAUCAAACACGAAAUCGAUGACUUGUCUCCAAAACACACAAAAAGCUCAUCAUGGGAUGACAGGCUGGCACCAGAAAUGGAGUACCCCAGCACCCAGAUGUCCCUAGACGUCUUGGAGAGUCGAGAUGCUACCCCAGAGCAUGAACGAGAUAUUGAGGUCAAGGAAGAGAGAACUCCAAUGAGCUAUGAACUUCAACAAGGAGAACGCAUUUUGCGCGAACUCAUGUCGGACACGAACAAACAUUUCAACUGGCCCUUCAUAGACGCAGUCGAUGCAUCGAUUCCCGAAUUGUCAGAUUAUUAUGAACGAGUCAAGUCUCCCAUGUGGUUAAGGAAGAUGCAAGAGAAGUUUGACCUACGACAGUAUGAUACAAUUACAGAAUUUGUGGCCGACUUCCGCCAGAUGUUGGAGAACUGUUUUCGGUACAAUGGGCCAGAUCACUACGUGUCGAAACGGGCCCAGCGUCUGGAAACGAUGCUGGAACAGAAACUGGCUCUUCUUUCAAGAGACUUGAGGGAGAAGACAACAAUUGAAGCAACCAGUGGGUCAUCAAAUAACAGUUCUAACAGAGGUAUUAGAAGGAGGGGGUUUAAGUCGAUCAUUCCGCACGAUUCGUCGAACCUUCUGAACCAGCUACGCGAAGAGGAAGUGCGUCGGGUGAAGGAGUUACGACUGAAUCAGAUCGCCGAGAGGAAGGCUGUGAACGAGGCCUGGCUCAAUGAUCUACAGGGCUGGGAGGAUGAGCUGUUGUCAGACCCGUAUCGCACACACAUGAAAGCCAUGUGGGAGCUUCCACAGAUCGGUCUGUUUCUGUUCCUGUGUCAGACUCCACUGAACCUACUGGAAGUGACUCAGUUUGAGCUGGAGCGAUGUUUCGCCAUGGUCAAGCAGUCGUCCACCCUGCAGUGGAUGAUGACGUCACUUCUCAGUACACCGUUUCAGAGAACCAAAAUUGACAAGAAAACCCUUAUGCCAUAUUCUGUAUGGAAUGAAAAACUCAUGGCAAGGAUGUCCCUUUGGUAUAAAGCUUUAGAUGACGCCAAGGGAGACAUUUAUGUGGCAUCCAGCAAGCUUGGAAUUGAUACAUUUUACUUUGAUGUUGUUGGGAAAAAGAAUCCUAUUUUGAAAAAGAAAUUCCAUGAGCUUAGUUUCUACCGCAAAGUGUGGAUUAUGAAGACUCUCUGUGAUCACUGCCUGGAAGUUCAGGAGUCGCUGCGUGAUGCGAUCGAGUUCCAGCCUCCAGCUGACCAGCACGAGUAUGUGUUAGGCUGGGAUGCUAAGGGAUAUUCGUACCUGCACUUUCCCCAGUUCUGUGGCGCCGAUGUCCGAAUCUACAGACAGGCACCACUGCCUGAACCAGAUGAAGAAGACUGCAUAGAAACAAGGGCACAGUGCACCAACAAGGAAGACUAUGUUCCACCUGUUAAAAAGAAGAAAAGAUCAUCGGGGAAUUUCGGUCGCAGAAAACGUCCUAAUCAGGUGAAAAAGGUAAAGAAAGCCAUUCCAGAAGAAGAAUGUUCGGACAAUGAUGAGACUGAAGACACCAGUGAAGUGUGUUCCACAGCUCCAUCACGCUCUCUGACUGCUACACCUGAGAAGAAACCCACCCAAGAGGACGAGGACAUCAGUGAAGUGUGUUCUGCAGCUCCGUCACGCUCGCUGACUGCCACACCCGAGGUGAACGAUGUCGAUUCAGACACGUCAUCCUUGUCCAGUAAUUGGUCUGCUCGGUCCUGUAGAAGGAAAUGUGUGCCACGACGGGGACUAGCAAGGAAACUCUUGAAACAGUUUGACAGCACUGAGGUCACAGAUGACAGCAAUCUGCUAGAAAAUUAUCAACUUGACACUUCAGACUUGACUCUGCGAAAAAGCGUCAGACAGGAGAAUCGUAAAGCAAGUGUAAUAUGUGAUAGAAGAAAGGACGCAAACUUUAAUAAUGAGGUAUCUUGUAAAUAUGCCCACGUCUCACAUUCUGCAGACAUUGUAAAGAAUGGUGAAACUGUUUCUGGAAAAGACAAUAGUGCUGACAAAGUUGAGAGUGACAUAAAGCAUAAUUGUAAUCAAAGGGAGAUAACCUCUGAUGCAUGUGAUAAUGGAGGGAAUGUCGACGGUGUGAAUGCAAAUGAUUGUGAGAGAAUGGAUUGUUCUUCAGAUAUUAGUGGCAGCAGGGAUAUUAAGAUGAGAGGGGGGCAAGUUUGUGAUAAAGGUUUGACUUCACAGAUUAGUCAUAAUGAACAGGCAUAUAAAACAGAUUCUUGUGUUUCCAUAUUGGAACCCGACAAAAAGACAUCUGAUGUAUCAUCAGGGUUACCUGAAAAAUCCUUGACUUUGAAAGAAAGAAAUGGUGUUGGUUCAGAUAUUAACAAAAACACCAACCAAAGAGAAAACCAUCCAGAGACAAAUUCCACUAUGAAUUAUGCAUCACAUAAUUCUUUUAAUGGCGACACUUUGAAAACUUUGCCUCAAAGAAAAUUAGAGUCAAGUCAAGACGAAACAAAUGGAACAUGUAUGAUGAAUACAGAAGAUUGUUUGUCAAAACCAGAGCUGUCAAAUCAUAAAGAAGAAAAUUUAAAAACUGCAGUGUGCGAUAUGAAAAUGAAGAAAGAAUCUUGUGUCGAUGAAUUCUCGAAUGUGUUGGUGGAUUCAAGUGUAAAAGUAAUGCAAAAGUGUGUAAAACUUGACGUGAAACAGGAGAGGAGCUCCACGGUGAACGGUGUCGUGAGUUGUGAGGUAAAGAAAGAAUGUGUGUCUGAAGCACAUAAUGAAAUACAAAAGAUGAUGAAACAAGAAUGUGAGACUGAAUCAGAUAGUGACGUCCGUUGUCCAGUCAAGCAAGAAUGUGAGAGUCCGAUGAACGAGGAUACACAGAAACAGUUGAAAGUAGAAAGAGUGACUGAUUCAAACGAAGAUGUCCAACCAAAAGAGUUGAAAGAAGAAUGUGCCAGUGGUCUAAAUAACGAAGUACGAGAGCAGAAGAAGCAGGAUGACGUCACUGAAAUGGAAAAUGCAGAGGAAUGUGAAGAUGAAGAAGAAGAAAUAGUCCCUGUUGUUGGACACUUUGAGUUGAUAGUGGAGAAUGUACAGCAGCUUCGAGAAAUGUGUGACAAAUUCGCCGAACCAGAACCAGUCAGUGUCAGGAAAGGAAGAAAGAUGGUUAAACCACCACCAAGAAAACGGUGUGUCAUUGAACUGCAUGAGCGACUUCUGUUCCUCUUGAACGAACUGGAACCGUGGGAGACGAAGUUGUGUCAGGCAACUCGACGCGCUCGGGUGAAGAUGAGAAAAGAGUUUGAGAAUUACAAGGAAGAAGAGCCGCAAGAGACCCUUAAGGACUGGGACACGGACAGAUCGGACGAGGGACAAUCGGACAGUGAUGAUGAUGACAGCAGUGAGAUGUCUGAGGUGGAAACCAAAGAAAAGAAAAGUCCCAGAAAGUCGACAUCGUUACCACAGAAGACACCAGAAACCUCUCUGCCAGAAGACUACGAGUUUGAUGUCAGUUCUCGAGGAAGACUGCGGAAAAGAAGAGUCAUUCCAAAUAACACAGAAGAUCAGUUUUGCAAGAAGCGGAAACUGAUAAAGGUAUCGGAAGAAUCGGUGUUGCCAGUCAACGUACCCAAUAUACUGAUGAAACAGAAGCUGACUUCAUCUGUUGGUAAUGUUGUACCAUCAGGUGAAUUCCAGAGCAGCUCAGGAUCGGUUCUUGCUCGUAACCUAGCUUCUGCGAGUCAGCUCUUACGAAUGUCUUUGGUCAACCCGUCCACAGGAAAAGCUGUUCUGUCUUCAUCUACGAUUAGAGGGCAAAGAUUCCAAGUGUUGGAAAAUACAUCUGUCACACAGAGUUCUCAUCCUGUUAUUCAGAGUCUCUUGUCGAUCAGGAAAUCAACAGCCUCUAUGACUGGGGAAGCAGGUGUGAGGAAACUUCAAGUCAGUGGUGAAAACGAUCCCGUUACAGCAUCUGCUAUGCAAGCCAGUGCGCCUGGAGGCAAUUAUAAUUCAAUCGGUACUCCGAUACAUAUUGUUACAAAACCAACAGCUACAUCACAAAAAACAUUGCAUUUCAAUACGCUACCUUCCGGAGUCCUCCAACAGCUAUUGAAGAAUAAAGCUAUGCGAAUUCAAACUGCAGGCGGUGCAACAACGAUCUUGCUGACGGCGCCAGUGAAACAGAUGUCUCCACCCAUACAGCAAGGGCUUCAGCAGCAAACCUUAGAGGCAGCAACUGCAGUGCAGAUUGAACACCAGUCUCUGUCAGUCCAGUCUUGUCAAGCUGUCACCAAUCUGUCUUUAAAUAACCAAAAUUCAACUACAGCAAUAGAUGGAGAUGAUGGACAAGACCAGAUUAUUACAUUACCUACAUCCUCAUUUCCAUUUAAAGUGCCUGCGUCUGACACUAUCACAUCAUCAUCGUCUGCUGCUAAUAGUUUGGGCAUGCUUUCUGCAAACAUGCCCAUGCUGUCCCCCAGCAAGCAGAGGUACGCCAACAACAUUACUGUCAAAGAACUGCUGGAAACGCGUGUAGCCCAUGGAAAGGUGCAGCCAUCUGAUGUUGGUGGUGACGGUCUGAACAUUGAUGCAGAUCCACCAACAGUUGCAGGUGUUCAAGGCACUGGACAGUCAUCUUUUAUUGUGAAAAAUAUAAAACAGUCGGCGAUCGACACAGCGAUAAAAUCUGUGAUGGCGUCAGUGAACACGUCCCUCCCAACAGUGAACAUCAAAAUACCGGCACCUGUCACCCUGCCAUCCAUCAACCUUCGGAAAAACGUCACGAAAACCAUCCAGGCGAUGAAGAGUCCCAUCACUGUGACGCCAAAGUUGGAGUCUUUGGUCUCGUCGUCGACAUCAGCAGGCUCUGACAUAACGGCACCUCUGUUGGGGCAGACUGUCCUACCAACAUCAUCGGCACUAGGAUCACAGAUGUCGUUCCUUGUUCAGGGAACAGUUGGAGCAGGAGCAGCAUCAUCUCAGAAGAAUGUUAUUCUGAAAGGAACUCCACAGACCGUCCUCACCUCACAAGGUGUGGUCCAGGGCUAUCUCACACCACAGGGGCUCAUUAUUCCAGCAAAUCAAGUGCAAGCCCCAUCUGGACCUAAAGUAACAUCAGCGAAACCAGUCCAGUUUCCGGUGUCACCACAACAUGUGAAUAUUUCGUCACCAGAGGCCAUUUCAAAAGCAUUUGUUGUUCAGUCUGUGGGUCAUAAACCCAUUGUGGCAGCUCAGACAGCAUUAUCAAGUCAAAACAAGAAAGGUGAAGCAGUGCUAUCUUCUGUUUCUGAAUCUGUAUUACAGUCUCCUUUAGCAUCACCGGCUGUUAUGCAGUCCCUUUCGGCAGCUCUUAAAUUAAAGUCACAGUCUCAGACGAAUAAAAACAUCCUGUCUGCUCCACAGAAAGUAAGCACCAUUACAUCACCAGACGGGAAACGAUUCACUUUGACCAAUGUUAAUCUGGGACAAGUCCAGAAAGCUGGUGUUCCAGAUAACAGUAUGACCGCUGUUUUAACUGGACUGUCAUCGAAGGUAUCUCCUCCGGGUACUCCAGCGGCUCAGCUGAUGAAGCAGAUUGUUGCCGGGCAACAAGGGCAGAUGGCAAACAUCGUGCUGGGAGCCAGUCCAAAAAGGCAGGGUGUCGUGGUUUCGGGGGAUUCUAAACAACUUGGACUGAAGGUGGAGAAAGUCGAGCAGCCGUCAAUGAUCCCAGCCGUGGUUGUUAACCAACCUGGUGCUACUGGGGCCACACAAAAGAAGAUUGUUUUGCCCUUGCAGAACAUCAGACAAACCUUGUUACAAGGUGGCAUGAUUGUGUCCACAUCUCCAAUGACUUCACCUCCUGCAGGACAAAACAUGUUGAAUUCUGCAGUAAGACAGAUUUUCCCUGCAGAUGCACAACCUCAAGUGCCUGUUCCAGGAAAACUAGUCACGACACCAGUAAAACUCUCAACCCCGUGUGUGGCAACUAAUAAGGUUAAUAAACUUGUAUUUCCGUGUGGUCAGCAACUUCAGCAGCUGACCCCAGGUCAGAAUCCGGUUUUGUUGACAGCUCAGCACUUGCAGACGUCACCAGUUCAGCAGAGUUCACAUAAACCUGGGGUUCUGUCAAAAGGUCAAGUGAUCUUACCCCAGAAAGAUGGAAUUGUUCAACCAACCAGACUGGUCCUCAAUCCACAGCUUAUGACAGGUCAGAUAGCUCCGUUGCCUCUAGGAAAGUUAGCAGUUCCACAAAGUCCUGUACAAAAGGUGAUAUACAACCUACCACAGAACACGAUCCUGCAGCAAGGAAUGACUACUGUCCCACAGAGUCCUCUGAACAUUGUUGGUGUGUCGCCAAGUCCGUCACUUCCAAACGCCAGUGUCAGAUUUCUGUUUCCAUCGUUUUCAACUUUGCCUGCUUCUUUGAAUCGAAACCUUCAACCCGUGUCCUCUGGGACAUCAUUAUCCAAACCACAGACUGUGAGUUCAAGUAGUGGAAUUGUAGGGUCUAACCAGUCCAAACAAGGACUCCCAGACGUGAAACCACAUCUGAAACCACCUAAUGCCAAAGCAAACCACCCAACUUUGGCAAGUGCUCUCCUUCAAACAAGCAAACAGAUUUCACAACCAAUCAAGACUGAAAUAGAUAUUGCCACAGUGCAGACCGGAAUAGCCAGAAGUCCAGCAGUUUUGCCAGCAUGUAGUAAUGUUGGCAUAUCAUCCAUGAAAUUACCUGAUCAGUCAGAACAUAGUCAUAAUGCUAAACAUGUGGACAGUGUAAGUGUAAAAGAUGCUGUACAUACCAGUCCACUUAAAAGUGCACCUAUAGCAAGUCACGGGCCUGCAAAAUCUGACAUGCUUCACAUGCAAUUAUCAACUGAAUCCUUAGGAAACCAGACCCACAAUAACAAAAUUGAAAAUGCUUUAACAUCGAUUUCUAAUGUCCCAAACAUGGCUGCUGUGUCAAUGGUUUCUCCAAAUGUGCCGAGUACAGGACUUGCUGAAUCUUCAGCCACCAAACAACAAAAACUUAUGCUGUUUAACAUUGGAGGCCAGCUGAUGACUGCCCAGGGUGUGCCAGUCACUGUACAUCAAGGUGUCCUUAAAGUGUUGCCCCAGGCAACCAUUCAGGUGGGCAGUCAGGUUCUAACAGUGCGAGCGCCGUCAUCAUCAUUGGUCCAGACUGUGCCACCUGUAAAAAAGACCAGUGCUACCAGUUUCUCUCCUUCCAGUGGUAUUCAGCUGCCAGUACCAACCCAUACAGUGUCUUCAAGUGCUGUUAAUACUUCUGUGCACAAACUGGGAGACACUUCUCAAGGAAUAACCCAACAAAGUGAAAACCUACUCACUGUGAAAGCUGAGAUGAAUUUUGAUGUUGAACAAAAUAAAGUUCAUUCUUUCUCACCCAAUUCUGGAAAAUCAUUGUGUUCAGCAGUAGUUGUGGGAACGAUGUCAGAUGUGUUAAAUCAUCCACAAAAAGGGACGACACAGGAACUUCCCCCUUCUAGGGAUGGCAAUCGAACUUCAUCUGCCUUCCCACCUAAACAGGUGAUGCUUGCUGCAAGUCACAAACAAAACACAGUGCCUUCAGAUUCAACGUUUUCUCUUGGUAUGGUUGAUGGAAGUAAAGUUUUGCAUCUGCAGUCUACAUCAGCAGUAGACCCCGGAUCCUACAGGUGUCCUACUAAAACCAGUGUUAGCAGUACUACGAUGCACCAGAAAAUGGUGUUGGCCAACUCGGGAGGUGCAGCAUUUCAGGUUGUACCAACGAGUAAACUGGAAUCACUGGCUGCACCAAACAUGAACAAUAUCUCGGAGAAACAGCAGACUGCCACAGUGCCUGGUGGGAGUGUGCUGUGUCUAACUUCGCCGCUGAAGCCAGCUCCCAACACGCCAACAAAAAGUCGAGAGGAAGCUGCUCUGAACUUGCUUAGUCUAGCUGCUGUGGGUGCCAGAAACAACAAGAACCAGUUUUGAUGACAUACUUGUGAAAACAGGGAUUUGUGUUGUGUACCAGAAUCAUAUGACAUA